GGACACAGCGGAUCACCGAUCACGGAAAGAGCCAAAGAUGCCGGCUCGGGCAUGUGAUCAGCUGUGUCCAAUCACAGCUGAUCACAUGGGACAUGUACACUGAUCAUCAGGGCACUGAUGAUCAGUGUGCCCUGAUGAUCAGUGUAGCCCCAGCCGUGCCAGCUGUCAGUGUCCAUCAGUGCCACAUCAAUGCCACAUAUCAGUGCCCAUCUGAGCUGCCUUUCAGUGUCACCCAUCAGUGCCACCUAUCAGUGCCACCUAUUAGUGCCAGUCAGUGCUGCCUAUCAGUGCCAUGUAUCAAUGAUGCCUGUCAACGCAUAUCAGUGCUGCCAAUCAGUGCACCUAUCAGUGCGCAUCAGUGCCACCUAUCAGUG